AUGGGCUUCAAAACGGGCUUCGGGUCGACCGCGGCGUUGGGACGGUCGGUCGGGACGAUCGGCCGGACGGGAUCGGUCGGGCGACGGUCGUGUCGGAUGGAUCGGUCGUGGCCGGUCGGCGAUGGUCGAGCGGAUCGUGGUCGGCCGCUGUGGUCGGACGAUGAAGACUUGGCCGAUGAAAUCUCUCGGCCGGACGCGAGGCAGUUCCCCGGCUCGGACGGAGCGUUCGUGCGUGGUACGCGAAGUUGCGCGGCCGCGAGGCUUGCUUCCCGGCUCGCGCUUUGGUCGUGCGCGGCUUGGAGUGGCGUGGCUUGGCCGACCGCGGGCUUAGUUUCCCGGGUCGUGAUGCGUGAUCGGCCGAUGGUUUUGGACUUUGGCCGAGACUUCAGACGGACGGACGAGAUUUGGCCGAGCGUGGAACAUCGUUCCUCGGCCAGCCGGACUGCGCGUUUGGGCGCUGAUUCUCGAUAG